GCUUUGCACGUGGACAGCUGCCAGCUUGUGUUGACCCCGUUGCUAUGGUUACAGAGUCAGGUCGCGAGACGUGUCUAAAAGUUAGCAUAACAUUUUUCAGUUUCGUAGUUUUUUCCGACCUAUAAAGUGUUUUUUUUUUUAGAUAACACUGAGCCAUGUUCACGUUGGUAGUAGUGCUGAAAUAGCAGGCAAGCGACGAGAAAUUUCUCUGCCAAAAGACACUCGUGUAUUUUGAGUAUACCAGUAAAGCGGCUCGGCCUCCUUUGUGCAAUGACUUCCCCGAAGGAGGCUGAGCUUCCUGGUGCGCAGCUUAGCUUUGUCUUUGGGAGCAGUGUUGUCAGAGCGCCGAUCCCCCGCACUCCUCCCGAGGAUGCCGAUCCACAGGAGCCCGCUGAAUGUUAUUCAACAGAGACGCUAUGUCUGAGCAGAUCUCAGCUGAAACAUGUUCCAGACAGUCCUUUGAGAAAUAGCAAGCUAAAGUAUUUGAGUCUUGAAGGCAACCAGAUAUGCAGUAUUCCAGGCUCCGUGUUUAUCAGCUUGCCCAACCUACUGUGGUUAGAUCUCAGGAAAAACCUAAUUGAGUCACUCCCACCUGAAAUUGGCUUGCACAGGUGCUUGAAAACACUGCUCUUAGAAGGGAAUCCUAUCUCUGAACUUCCACUUGAACUGGGAAAUGUGAUUACCCUCAAAGGUCUGAACCUAAGGGACUGCCCAAUCCACUUUCCUCCACAAGAGAUUGUGCAGCAGGGACUCCAGUCCAUCCUCCAGUACCUGAGAAGUGCUCUGGCUCACCGGCCAGUCAGCGCAAGGAAGACCCCUCCAGAGUUGCCAGCAGUGGAGAAACUCCAGCUGUUAGAGCUGAGGGGUAUGGAAGAGCAGGAAGAAUCAGGGGAUGUGGAGGAGCUGCAGAGGUUCAAGGAACUCAAGCAUCAGUUGAUCCUGCUGGACAGAGCUGAGCUGGGCUCAAUACCACAACGUGAUAUUGGCAGGAGAAAAAAGACAGCCACCAAGGCCAGCAUGAUUCCCCAGCUCCCCCUUUUUGACUCGCCUUCUUGGAAGAGGCCAGAGGAAAGGAAGCAGGCUGCAAUGAAGGAGUUGAACGAGAAGAAGGCUAUUCUCGAGCAGAAGAGAAAAAGCCAAGUGUCUCUUCAGAAGUGCUGCACACAAGCCAGAAUCUCACAAGACAAGAAAAAGUCUGAGCACAAAGAGAAGAAGCAUGAAAGACAAAAAAGGCGUGAGGAAGCAGAAGUAGAUUCAAAACCUGGUUUUGAGGACAGCAGUGGUACUUCUCAGACAUCUGGCAGGUGUGAAGGGGACAGAUCGGCCCGGGACCUGGAACGGCAGAUUUGUGCCCGUGCCGAGAAGAUACAGGAGAGGUGCAGGAAUCCCAGGGGCACAGCAAGCGAGGAGAUGGCAGCAGCGAUGGAGGAUGUGGAAGAGAUGAGGAAGUUACAGAUGCGGCUCCUGGAGAGGAAGAGAACUCAAGGACGAGAUCUUGAAAAAACUUUCAUGAUCAUUACUGGGGACACCUGGCCUGGUUUCCUUGAUAAGUGACAGAGACUACACACCUGCUGUUUGAGUUUUUGUGAUAUUCAAUUGAUAUGGAAAUAAAUCACUAAAGCGACUAAA